AUGGUUAAACUUCCUGGUGAUUGUCUUUCAGAAAUAUUUUCAUAUUUAAAAGAUGACAUGCACACUUUAUAUAAUGGAGUUUUGGUUGAUAGACUCUGGUGCAAGAAUGCAAUUAGAUAUUUAUGGCAGCAACCUUUAAAUUUAGCUAUAAAGUCAAUAGGAAUAUCAAAAUAUAGUCUUCGUCAUUGUACAUACGACAGAAGAAUUUUUGUAAAACUAAUGGACACAAUUCUCAAGACGAUAGUCUUCAACCAAAACAAAAAUCAACGUCACCUGCUACCAUUAACUCAAUCAUCAUCAAUCGGCUUAGACAGUGUGGUAGCAAAAGCUCCUUUGUUCAAUUAUAUUUCUUAUAUUCGUAGAUUCGAUCUUCAAGAGUUACAAGUCAUCAUUACCGAGUGGUUGAAAUACAUUGAUUCAAAUCCACAACAUGAAAUUGAUUAUGUUUUAAUUGCUGCUUUGUUCAAAAAAAAAUUCACAAGGUCAACCACAAAAGUUUCUUUUUUUGAUAAUAAUGAAUUUAUUUUUAAUAAAUUGGUUGAUAUAAUAUCUUUGGAUAAACUUUUGGAAUUUGAAUGGAUGAAUGGUGCACAUGGUGAUGAAUUUUUGAUCGAGAUAGCUACCAGAGCAAAAAAUCUACAAAGGCUAAAGUUGAGUUGGCAUUGGAAGGGGAAAGACAUACCCGAUUUUUGUGAUGAUUUGAUAUUCAAUAUAAUAAAGUCACAAACUGGCUUGAAUGAAAUUAAUCUUUUCUAUAAUUAUGGUGUCAGACAUGCGAAACUGAUGAACACGCUACAAAGUCAAUUAAACACCUUGUCAAUAAUUCAUCUCAGGAAUCUAAAUAUUUAUUGUCAAGAUUUCAUUUCGUCAAUGCUCUAUUUAAAAAAUCUGAAAGAAUUAACAAUCAACAAUUGUUAUUUAUCAUCAGGAAUAACUUAUUGGCCAUUGGAGUUGAGUGCUUUCAAUUUGUCAAAGUUCUCUUUUGUUGACAGUUUCCCUUCAACUUUCUUCCACACCUCAUCCUCACAAGGUAAAAUCCCUGUCGCUGAGGAAUUUAACAAAACAACUUUUGAAUCAUUGAAAACUUUUGUUUAUAAAGGUCACAACUCCUUGGUUGAUUUCACUUCAAUAUCAAAAUUCAUUUCUGUACAUUGUUGUAACAAUCUUAUUCAUUUUGAAUUGGAUUUUCAUAUAAAUCUGGCAUCUUUAACUCAAAUUUUAUUGACUUGCCUGAAUCUUGAGGUCGUGAUAUUGAAAGAUAGACAUUGGAUAUCCUAUUAUUGGCACAACUCGGUAGCACAAAAUAUUGAUGAAUUAUUGUCAGAGGUUGAAUUGACAAAAUUGAAAUUUUUGAAAUUGGAAGGUCUAUUCACCUACUCAUCAGAAUCAUUAGAUAAUUUCCUCAGAAAUUCAAAUCCGCCAUUAAACACUUUGAUAAUCAAUGGUUCAAAUUGUUUUGGUAAUGACCAUAUGGAUGUGAUAUUGAAUAAUAAUAAUUUGAUGAUGUUGAAUGGAGGAAUACUAAAAACUUUGGAGGUUUCCUCAACGAUUUAUCCCAGGAAAUCUGUAAAAAGCAGAGCAAAUCUUUUAAUCAGGAAUUUCAAAUAUAUUUAUACAAAACCUAAAAAAUCAUUUUUUCAACUUAGGGUUAGUCAUAUUCAACAAUAUCCCAAUACUCGUUCUAAGACUAAUUCUAACCAAUCAAGAGUUCCUCUGACUAAAUUUUCUAAAUCUAUAGGAUGCUAA